AUGGAGAAGACAGAUGCCAAAGACCAGUCCUCUCAGGGAGAGGAAGAGAAAGACCCUCCAAAGAGCCACCCCUACUCUGUGGAGACCCCAUAUGGCUUUCAUUUAGACCUGGACUUCCUCAAGUACGUGGAUGACAUUGAGAAGGGAAACACCAUCAAAAGGAUUCCUAUCCACAGAAGGGCCAAGCAGGCCAAGUUUAGCACUUUGCCCCGAAACUUCAGCCUUCCUGACAGCAGGGCUCGCCCCCAUGCUGCUCUUCCCCACCAAAACUGGUCCCCAGUGGUGCCAAGGAAGGUGCCGCUGGGGACAGAGGAGCGAGCCCAGUCGUUGCCACCUGGUGAACAUGUGCAAGCCUCCACCAGCGGGAGUGACGUGAGCUACCACAGGAAGGCCCUGCUGGCGGAGACAGCCAGACAUUUGGAGGCUGCAGCCCCCAGGGAGGCUGAGCUGGCCUCCGGGAGUGGACGGCCCCAGCUCUUGAGGGCAUCCAGCAUGCCAGCCACACUGCUGCAAAACAGGGCCUCUGAGGACCCAAGCCUAAACUCAGGUCCCCCCACACCUCCUGCCCUCCCUCCCCUUCAGGGUGAAGGCAAUGUCUGUGAUGGCACCUUUGGCCCUGCAGAUGGAUUUGCGGGCUUUCAAAACUCCACCCCACGAGCAACAACUCAACCCAAAGUCAGAGAGUUUGGGGACCUGGUGCCAGGGAUUCCAGAGCUGGUCCAGAAAGGCGCUGAGCCUCCAGAGGAUGCAGAUGAUGAGGAGGCUCCAAAUCACCUCUCUUUCCCAAGUCCUCCCUUCUCAUCCCAGGAUGCACUGAUAGUUCUCGAGGAUGAAGAAGAUGAACACAAAACCCCAGAAGCAGAGGUAGUGGUCACCCCUGGCUCCCCAACACCAAGUCCCCCACCUCUGCCAUCACCCAUCCCUGAGAACGAGUUCCCCCUAGAAGAAAUAGAGCUCAACAUCAGCGAGAUCCCACCCCCACCACCUGUGGAGAUAGACGUGAGAAGCAUUGGCGUCCGGGUCACGGAGGAAAGCCUGGGCCUCCCCACGAUGGAUCCCGUCAGCAUCUCCAGCCUGAAGCAACAGCUGUCUGCCCUUGAGGGUGAGCUAUCUGGAAGAACUGAGGAACUGGCCCAGGUCAGAGCUGCCCUCCAGCAGCAGGAGGAGGAAAUCAAGGCUAGAGGGCAGAGGAUUCAAGAACUAGAGUGCACUGUAGCUCAACUGGCAGAUAAGCUUAGCCAUGAGAACGCCAAAGAUGCUCAGGGCCAGACUGACGCCGUGGUCAACACUGACCCCCUCCAUGGACUCUUGACCAGGGAGUUGUGUGACAAGAGCAUUGAGGUCAACCUUCUGGGCAGCACAGGAUCUGAAAGCUGGAGGGCUGGAGGAGAGGAGAAUGGGCUCUUAUGGGGGCAGGACAGCCACAAACCGGGGGAUUGGAGCCCAGCAGAAUUCAUGCCACCAUCUCAGCUCUCACUGCCACAAGGACCCGAGAUGGUCCUCACGCCCUCUUUACAUAGCUGCCUCUCCACUGAGCUGAGGAUCGAAGAAACAGGCUCUGAGCUUGAGGGGGACCCUCAGGUGGGAGCCAAGGGUCUGGGCAAGGGACCAGGAGGCUCUCCAUGGAGCAGUGAUAGAAAGACUCCUCCGGCAGGGAGGGAGGAGGCCAGUUCAGAGCUGCCAGGGAAGGAGCGCCCAGGGAGGCCAUCAAGUUCACCAACAGAUGCCACUAUUGGGCAAUAUGUUAAGAAGAUCCAGGAACUCCUGCAGGAGCAAUGGAGCUGCCUGGAGCACGGGUACCCGGAGCUGGCCAGUGCCAUCAAGCAGCCUGCCUCCAAGCUCAGCAGCAUCCAGAGCCAGCUACUCAGCUCCCUCAACCUGCUGCUGUCUGCCUACUCGGCCCACGCUCCACCCCAGAAGGAGCCCUCGGCCCCCGCCUCCUCUCCGCUGAUGGAGAUCUCCCCGUCGACCAGCCUUAAGUCCAUAAUGAAAAAGAAAGACUAUGGCUUCCGUGCAGGAGGUAAUGGGACCAAAAAGAACCUUCAGUUUGUUGGGGUUAACGGUGGCUAUGAGACCACCUCAAGCGAGGAGACCAGCGGUGAGGACAGCUCCCCGGAAGACUUGUCUGACAGCGAGGCUGAGAAGAAAUGUGAUGGCACAGAACACAAGCGGGGCAAGGAGGCCCACCCCGGCUGCAAGGCCGGGCAGGGCAUCCCAGAGGGCACCAGCACCUCAGGCCAGGACGGUGGGCCUCCUGAAGACCUCUCCCAUCCCAAGGCUGAGAGAUAUAAGCCUUCAGAAGAAUUCCUCAGUGCAUGCCGGGCAUUGAGCCAACAUCUGCCAGAAAGUGGGGCCACCACCGACCAACUCUUGAGGCAGAGCUUGAACACCAUCAGUCAAGAGUGGUUCCGCAUCUCCAGCCGGAAGUCGUCUAGCCCUGCUGUGGUGGCGGCCUACCUCCGUGGGGUCCAGCCCCACUCCCCACACUUCCUGAAGCUGCUUGUGAACAUGGCAGAUGGCAACGGGAACACGGCUCUUCACUAUAGCGUGUCUCACUCCAACUUCUCUGUGGUGAAGCUGCUGCUGGAGACAGGUGUCUGCAAUGUUGACCAUCAGAACAAAGCCGGCUACACUGCCGUGAUGAUCACUCCCUUGGCUUCUGCAGAGACCGACGAAGACAUGGCUGUUGUCUGGAAGCUCUUAAGAGAAGGAAAUGUGAACAUCCAAGCUACUCAGGGAGGCCAGACUGCCCUGAUGCUGGGAGUCAGCCAUGACAGGGAGGACAUGGUCCAGGCAUUGCUCAACUGCCAGGCAGAUGUCAACCUGCAGGACCACGAAGGAUCGUCAGCCCUCAUGCUGGCCUGUCACCACGGCAACGCCGACAUGGUGCGGCUGCUCCUGGCACACCCGGCCUGCGACAGCAGCCUGACCGACAAGGCUGGCCGAACAGCUCUGUCCAUCGUUCUGAAAUCACCCGCCCAUGUGGAAAUUGCAGGGCUUCUGCGGGCCCACGCAGAGCAGGGCAGGUCCCUGGGGCCGUAG